UUUGCCAUCAUCAACAACGAGUCAAUGCCCAAGAAAUCUACUGGAGACAAAACUUCCAAGUCUACAACCGAGAAACCAUCGAAGGGCAAAGGCAAAUCCUCCUCCUCUACGGAUGAUGCAGCGGACUCGGGCUCGAAACCUGCCAAAGGCGCUCUGAAAGCCGCUACGGCUGUGAACGUCCGUCAUAUCCUUUGCGAGAAACAUUCGAAAGCAACCGAGGCGCUGGGCAAACUGCAAGAAGGGCAAGCAUUCAACAAAGUGGCGCAAGAAUACUCAGAGGAUAAAGCCAAAACGGGUGGUAGCCUGGGAUGGAUGGUGCGAGGGAGUAUGGUCGGUGCUUUCCAGGAGGUUGCUUUCGCCUUGACGCCGUCGACUCCCGACAAACCGAACUACUCAUCGUUGGUCAAAACCAACUUCGGAUACCAUAUCAUCAUGGUGGAGGGCAGGCGAUAG